GCGGUAUUUUUAGUCUAUUUCUUUAUAAACCUAACUCUUUUUCUGUAAAAUAUUGAAAUUUCUGGCUUCAGUUGUCAUUGAUCGUGAUUUUGCAGUCGUCUGUGAUGUAACAAGUGAAAAUUUGAGYGUGAAAAAGUUGUUUAGCUAUUCUACUCGAAAACAAAAUGUCUGCCACGAAGACACAUAAAUGGUACGAAGACUACRUCCCGAAGGAUCAGCUCGUUCAUCUGAUUGCAGGAGGAAUAGCUGGUGGGGUGUCAAGGACUUGUGUUUCUCCUUUAGAACGUGUGAAAAUGUUAUUGCAAAUUCAAGUUUCAAGUCAAUCUAAAUACUCUGGUGUUGGAGGAACCCUUGCCACAAUCUACAAGAACGAAGGACUCAUCGGUUAUUUCAAGGGUAAUGGUACCAAUAUUGUUCGUAUUGUUCCGUACACUGCUGUACAGUUUGCAGCCUACGAGGAAUUCAAAAAGCUUCUUAAAAUUCCUGAAGACACAAGAGAGCARCAUCCCAUAAUGCGUCUUGUUGCAGGUGCAAUGGCUGGCAUAGUGUCAGCCACCGCUACAUAUCCACUUGACUUAAUAAGAACCAGGCUUGCAUGUCAAGGUGAAGGUGCAGAGCGUAAAUACAGAAACAUCCGUCAUGCAUUUGUCACCAUCUUGAAAGAAGAAGGCGGUCUCUUUAGCAAUUGUCUCUUCAAAGGAAUAGGACCAACACUUAUUGGUAUAGCUCCCUAUAUUGGGUUAAACUUCAUGGUGUACGAGUCUCUAAAAGGGUUCUGUUUAACAUACUAUCUUGCCGAGGCCGCUGGUCACAAGCUAAGGGUUUUACAUCACGAUAAAGACCUUCCUGUUACAGCUAAACUUGUCUGUGGAGCUGUUGCUGGAGCUGUAGCACAGUCAGGAACGUAUCCCCUUGAUGUAGUUAGAAGGCGAAUGCAAAUGGAAGGGGCUGCACAAGGCUUGUUUAARUAUAAUUCUACUUGGGAUGCGUUUAAAGUCAUUGUACGAUCAGAAGGGUUUGUUGGACUAUAUAAAGGAAUGUGGCCCAACCUACUCAAGGUGGCACCAACCAUUGGCAUUCAGUUUGCCAUCUAUGAACUUAGUAAAUCAUUCCUAAUGUCUACAAUAGAGGACUGAACAAAAGAAUUCUAUCUUAGGUUUACAUUAUAUAUACUUUCUGGUAUAGUAGUUUCCUUCGCAUGUUUGAACCGUAAUUCUUCGUGGAGGCAAUAAACCAGUACCAGGAAAGGUUUCAGAAGGCAGUACUUUACAUUUCCCAUCCGAACUAACCGGCCAGACAGGUCCAUUUCAAAGUAAUUUUAAAAGACUAUUUGUCGGGAGUGUCAGUCCAUUACUUCCCAUUAGACCCACUGGGUCAAAUUAGUAUUUGAUUCUUUUGGCUUAUAGCAUUGAUGAGAGAGAUUGAUUUAGGUCUGGUCCGCUAGGUUUGACUAAUAUAUAUUGAGAAUGUCCUCAACUACCAUUUUAUUGUUUAUUCUAAAUUUCCAGACGGGAAAAUAUAUAAUAUCUUAGGCUAAAGUUAAACUUCUAGCUAUAAAGUGUAAUCUUGAGCCCAUAACUUAGAUGUAAAUGAUAUUAAAUUAUUAUUAAAAGAAUUAAUAACUUUU